AUGUCGAUACAGCUACGCGACGGGCUUUUGAACCAGAACGUCGAUCUAGUCCUAGAAGAUCUUUUGGUCAGGUUCUUAGUCAAUGUUCCCAACGAGGACUUACUGUCUAUUGAGAGAGUGUUCUUCCAAGUAGAAGAAGCACAAUGGUUCUACACCGAUUUCGUCAAGCAACUCAACCCUUCCCUUCCUGGCAUGAAGAUGAAGAGCUUUGCCCCCAAGUUUUUGGAAAAGUGUCCGUUGAUAUGGAAAUGGGGUAAUCCAUCUGACGCCAUCCAACGGUUCGGGAAGUAUAAAUCCAUGAUUCCAGUCAGAGGGGUGGCUUUGUUCAAUAAGGACUUGUCCAAAGUGGUCUUGGUUCAGGGAACUGAGCUGAACACUUGGUCCUUCCCAAGAGGCAAGAUAUCGAAGGAUGAAUCCGAUAUCGACUGUGCUGCCAGAGAAGUUUACGAAGAAACAGGAUUCGAUGCCAAUGGCAUGAUCGACGAAAACGACGUCAUAGAAAGAACCAUCAAGGGCAAGAAUUACAAGAUAUACUUGGUGAAGAACGUCCCCGAAGAUUACAACUUCCAACCUGUGGCUAGAAAUGAGAUUUCUAAGAUUGAAUGGUUUGACAUCAAAGCCUUACAGAAAAAGAACAGAUCUAAUCCAAACCAUUUCUUCAUU